GACAGCUUUGAAAGCAAAUGCAACCCAGUCAGAAAACAGUACCUCUGACAAACCUCCGGUGAUUGUCACUGACACUAGCAGCUACUACAUCAUUUAUAUCUAUGUGGGAGUGGCAGAUACCCUGCUUGCCAUGGGAAUCUUCCGAGGUUUGCCCCUUGUGCAUACACUUAUAACAGUGUCUAAAACUCUUCAUCAAAAGAUGGUGCACGCAGUUCUUCAUGCACCUGUGUCGACAUUCAACUCUUGGAAAGCAGGUGGUAUGCUUAACAGAUUCUCCAAAGACACGGCAGUACUGGAUGACUUACUUCCACUUACAGUAUUUGACUUCAUUCAGUUAAUACUGAUUGUGAUUGGCGCUAUAACAGUAGUCUCAAUAUUACAACCCUACAUCUUCCUGGCAUCAGUGCCUGUGAUAGCAGCCUUUAUUCUGUUAAGGGCAUACUUCCUCCACACUUCUCAGCAGCUGAAACAACUGGAAUCUGAAGCUCGGAGUCCAAUAUUCGCCCACCUUGUUACAAGCCUAAAAGGGCUGUGGACGCUGAGAGCUUUUGGGCGGCAGCCGUAUUUUGAGACCUUAUUUCACAAAGCCCUGAACCUACACACAGCAAACUGGUUCCUCUACCUGUCGACACUGCGCUGGUUCCAGAUGAGGAUAGAAAUGAUUUUUGUUGUCUUUUUUGUUGCCGUGGCAUUCAUCUCUAUCCUAACUACAGGUGAUGGACCAGGUAGAGUUGGCAUUAUUCUUACUUUAGCUAUGAACAUCAUGGGAACCUUGCAGUGGGCAGUUAACUCAAGCAUAGAUGUGGAUAGUUUGAUGCGGUCUGUUGGGCGAAUAUUUAAAUUCAUCGACAUGCCAACAGAAGAGACGAAAAACAUGAAGCCACAGAAGUAUAACCAGCUUUCAGAUGCCCUUGUAAUUGAAAACAGGCAUGCGAAGGAAAAGAAGAGCUGGCCAUCUGGGGGCCAAAUGACUGUGAAGGACCUUACGGCCAAAUAUGAUGAAGGAGGAGCUGCUGUGUUAGAAAACAUUUCCUUUUCGAUAAGUUCGGGGCAGAGGGUGGGCCUUUUAGGAAGAACUGGUUCAGGAAAAAGCACCUUACUUUUUGCAUUUUUAAGACUGCUGGAUACAGAAGGUGAUAUCCAGAUUGAUGGAGUCUCCUGGAACACAGUCAGCGUGCAGCAAUGGAGAAAGGCAUUUGGAGUGAUUCCUCAGAAAGUGUUCAUAUUUUCUGGAACUUUUCGGAUGAAUUUGGAUCCUUACGGGCAGUGGAAUGAUGAAGAAAUAUGGAAAGUUGCAGAGGAGGUUGGGCUGAAAUCUGUAAUUGAGCAAUUUCCAGGCCAGCUUGAUUUUGUUCUUGUGGAUGGAGGCUGCGUCCUCAGUCACGGCCACAAACAGCUGAUGUGCCUUGCCCGGUCAGUUCUCAGCAAAGCUAAAAUCUUGCUGCUGGAUGAACCAAGUGCUCACCUGGACCCUGUAACUUCCCAGGUGAUCAGGAAGACCCUGAAGCACGCCUUCGCCGACUGCACGGUGAUACUAUCGGAGCACAGGCUGGAGGCGAUGCUGGAGUGCCAGCGAUUUUUGGUAAUCGAGGACAAUAAAAUGCGUCAGUAUGAAUCCAUUCAGAAGCUGCUGAAUGAAAAGAGCUCCUUCAGGCAAGCCAUCAGCCACGCCGACCGCCUUAAGCUACUCCCGGUACACCACAGAAACUCCAGCAAACGCAAACCUCGGCCUAAAAUCACUGCCUUGCAGGAGGAGACGGAGGAAGAGGUGCAGGAGACGAGGCUGUGA